GAAUCCAAAAUGGCGGCUCUCCUGGACUUGAAGUUUUUUCGGUGUCCAAUUCAAAAACAACGACGAGUUGAAUUCCGAUACGAUUUAUAAAUGGAUAGAAGGGUGGAAUAUUUUUUCCUUUUAAAUUGACGUCUAAUGAUGGCAAUAGCUAGCAACUGGACGUGGGAAAAGAAGUAUUUGACUUCCCCGGUCACGAGUUUAGAGUUUGUUGGUUCUGACUUGGUUCUUUCAGGAAAUGGACCAUUGCUUGGUGUGUAUUCUGCAGCAAAGGGAGUUUUAUUAAUUGAAAAAUGUCUAUUGCAAGGCUCAAGGAUACAUGGAAUAAGAGGUGAAAAGACCUUUGGUAACUUGGUGCUUAUAUUUGGACAAAAGGUCAUAAGGGUUAUCAAAUUACAAGAGAAUCCCUCCAAUUCAAGUGUAAGAGUUGAGGCUGAAUCAGAUAUUGUAGCUUUUCCUGAUCUGAUCUGGGAUGCUCACUGGCUGUACCAGGAUAAGGUACCAAAACUAGUGGCUAUUGCAACUGCACACAAUGCUGUAUGGUGCUGGGAUUGGAAAAAUGAUGUUAAACAAUUAGUUGCCCAAUGUGAAGAGCCAUGUAUACUAUAUUCUGCAUGUUUCUUUGGAUCUGAUUUAGAAAAUUUGAUCAUUGCAUCUGGCACAGUUUUUAAUCAAGUCCUUCUUUGGAGAGUGCAAGGAAAGAAAGACGGAAAUAACCGAACACUGAUUCUGCAGAGGCUUACAGGUCACUCUGGAGUUAUUUUUGCCAUAAACUUUAACAAACAAGGAACACUUUUGAGUUCUGUUUCGGAUGACAGGAGCAUACGACUAUGGAAAAUAACAAACUUAUCAACACUUGAAUCAAAUGGCUCUGUGGAACCUUUGCUUGUUGUUUAUGGGCAUUCUGCACGAGUCUGGAAUGCAAAAUUGUUGGAGAUGUGUUUUGUUAGUAUUGGAGAGGACUUGGUAUGCAAUGUGUGGAGCUAUGAUGGAAGCAUUGUGAAGUCCUAUAAAGGUCAUACAGGUCGCAACAUCUGGAGUCUUGCUGUCAACCAAAAUGAAAAUCUCAUAGCCACAGGUGGUGGAGAUGGAAGUAUCAGGCUGUGGCCAUUAUCAAGUCCUGAUCAUAACAGCAAUGCCAUUUUGAGAGAAGCUCGUCUACCCUCCAUAGAAACUACAGCUAACAAUCAAAUGAACACAAGGAAAACCAAAAAGGAGGAUUAUCCAAGAUUUGUGAGCUUGUUGGACCAGUUUAACUUGUUGAUCAUGACAAAUGAAGGGUGUCUGUAUAAGUACAGCUGGAUGAAAAACAAGAGUUCUCCUGGAGACCACAAUGUCUUGUCACUAAGUUCAAACACUGAUGACACAAAUCAUAAGGAUCAAUGGAGGCUGCUUCUCAAAGAUGCAGAGUAUUCCUCAUACAGUGUUGUGGCUUUGUCUCCCUGUCACAAGAUGGUUGCUUUUGGAAAUUUGAGAGGGAAAAUCAAACUGCAAGAUGCAAAUUUCAAUCACCCCAGUGUUGAACUACAGGCCUACUCAGGUAAAGUUCACAAUCUGCUUUGGAGCCAGCAGCAUUCUCCUCAGCAUCUCUUUUCUUGUGGGCCAGAUGGACAAAUCACAUGGUGGAAUAUCAUUUGCACAAAAGGAGAAACCACUACAAUUAAUGUGACUCCUUUGUGCAUCUUCACUCUUCCACCAUCCAAGCAACGUUGGGCAUCAGCUAUUGAAAUUUUCCAAUUAUCUGAUAAAGAAACAGUGACCAACAAAUCUGCUCUGAUAGUCUGUGGGGAUAGAAAAGGGUCAUUGCAUCUGUUUGAUGCUAGCAUUGGUGAUUUGUCAGCUGAAAAGUGUAUUGGCCCAGUACAUUCCCUUCCUCUGCUUCAUGGUAAAGCUGGAGUAAGUCACUUGUGCCUUUAUAAUAACACAAUGUACUCAGCUGGAAGAGACGGAGUGUACAGGCAGCUUAGGAUACAAAACAAUACUCUGGAGGUUAUAGAUACCAAAAAGGUCUACAAAGGCCUCGACUGGGUGGAGCGACUGCUAUUCAUGGACAAUGGAGAUCUUCUCAUUGCAGGCUUCCAUGCUGCAUAUUUUGUAUUAUGGAGUGUACAGCACAAUGAGCUCUUGUGGAGAGUGAUGUGUGGUGGAGCACACAGAGUCUGGGACCUAGUCCUUCAACAGUCGGAUUCAUCUGUUUGUGGAGGAGUGCUGGCGUUUAUCAAAGACUCCACUAUUUACACGCACAAGAUGACCUUCCCGUGUGAGCUGAAAAAGGCGAUGUUGAAGUCAGGUUUUCAUGGACGAGAAGUAACAUGUAUUUGCCAUGUAGAUUCAAUUGUGGGGCAACAAGGUGAUAUCAGCGACGUAUUUGUAACAGGGAGCGAAGAUACCAACAUCCAGCUGAUGAUUUCUGACCGUUCCACUGGUAUGACCUCGUCAAUUUUCACUGCCCAUGGCCAUAUAUCUAGUGUCCGUGCCUUGUGCGCCACCAAAUCCCCAAGGCCAAACAUACAGCCAAAGGAACAGAUAAACGGUCACCCCACAAAUGAUAAGACUUGUUAUCUUCUCUUUUCUGGCGGGGGACGUGCCUCACUCAAAUGCUGGCGUGUGGAUCUGUCACGCAUCAAUGACAAUCGCCAGGGGGAUAAGAUGACGUCUUCACCUAUGGUUUUUCUCGGAGAAUGUUCGUUUCGCUUAAGUAAUCACCGGCGGAGACGAAGGAAACACGAUUCUCAGUCCUUUUCAGAGAUUAGGUUUAUGUCUUUGACGUCAUUGAGUGCUGCUAAUUUGAAGGACAGCUGUCAGUCGUUGUCUUUUGUCUUGGCAGCGUGCUCAGAUGGGUUUGUCAGAAUUUUUAGCUUUGAUGAGCGACGAAACAGGUUUUCACUUCUGGCUCAGUCCCUUUACCUGAAACGCUGUGUGCUGACAAUCAGUCACGUGGUUGAUUUUUGUACGAGCGGUAGUCCUCUGGUUAUGAUGUUUGCGGGAGACACAGCUGGAAAAAUUUCUUGUUGGGACAUCACCUCAUUGUUAUGUAACCACAUUAGGGAACAUUGUGACUUGACGAAUGUGGAGGACUCUAUAAUGACAAAUACAAUGAAUUCAGAAAAGGUAACGCUCCCUGCAGGGGACUCAUUAGUGGAAAACAAACGAGAAACUGUCGAUAAUAAUGAAGGUGAAAAGCAGGUUUUAGACGGGCAUGUCUCUGUAGAAAAGAAUGAUACAUCCCAACCUAGAAUGGCUGCUUUGAGCUCAGAAAGUUGUGUGACGACGGACAUUAACGUUUCAUCACGCGGCUGUUGGAAAGAAGGAGGGCUGGAGGAUUGCGUGACUGAUUGUAACGUAUCUGAAAGCGUGACAGUUGCUGACAAACAGCAGACUGAAGAAACAAACGUAAUCGUUGACACUGGUCCUUCAGCACAGAACCAAGAUUCAGUCAACUUUGGACAAGAGGUUUUGAAUGAAGCUAUCUCAAAUGAUCUCAUUUCUAUCGGAAGUGAGAUACCUGGUCAAAUUAGUGUAACUGAUCAAAAUGGUGAAGAGUUGAAUGCCAUACUGGUGGGCCAAAGUGACUUCUCGUGUCUUCCUCUCGUGCCAGUCUUCCUCGGUCUUCCUACCCACGUGUUUCACGCGCACCAAUCCGGUGUAAAUGCAAUCUCGCUCGUGAAAAAUGAUGUUUCAGGACAGUACUUACUGGUCAGUGGUGGGGAUGAUGCUGCACUCUACGCUGCAGAGUUCAACUUGAAGCAAAACAAGAAUGACGUCACCAAGGUUCACGUGACCCGUGAAGUGUCUGAACCGUCCGCUCAUACGUCAUCAGUGACAGGUGUUAAGGCUUUGAAGGAUGGAUUUGCGAUCUCGUCAUCUGUAGAUCAGAGAAUCGUUCUGUGGGAGAUCGUAGAUACAGGGCAGGGUUCUUCAGUUUUCCGUCAGCGCGCCUCCGAAAUCAUGGACGUUGCCGAUGUCCAGGACUUGGAAGUCUGGGGCGAAAGGGAUGGCCUCCUAGUCGCUGCAGUUUGCGGAGUUGGCUUGCAGACGUUUGAUCUUGUCGGACGCGGCUAAGGCUUGCCAUUUCUUCACCUAUUUCGAAUUAUUUUAGUAGCCCGAACUUAAAUUUUUACUUAAAUUGGCAAACUAGACCUAAUAAAAUUCAACUGAA